AGGGGAGGAGAGAGAGAGAGAGGGAAGAAUCUCAGCGCCCUUCUGCCACAUGAAAGAUUAAAGAAAGCAGAGCACUCUGAAAUAAAUAAACAAAGGAACCCUGGACCUCGACCUCGUGAAAGAGGAAUAGCACCAGCAGAGAGAGAAAGAAACGCCCCCGCACCCCACCAAAACACACAGAGACUUUCUUAGGAGAGGGAGAGAGAGAGAGAGAGAGAGAGAGAAACAGAGAAAACAGGAAGUGGGGUUUGCAGAGAGAGAGAGAGAGAGGGGGUAAAGAAUGGCCGGAGGGGCCUCAGGGAGGCUUCCGACAUGGAAGGAGAGGGAGAACAACAAGAGGAGGGAGAGGAGGAGGAGAGCCAUAGCCGCCAAGAUAUACACGGGCCUCAGAGCUCAGGGGAACUACAAGCUCCCCAAGCACUGCGACAACAAUGAGGUCUUGAAAGCUCUGUGCGCUGAAGCCGGUUGGGUCGUCGAAGAAGAUGGUUCUACUUAUCGAAAGGGAAGCAAGCCACCUCCGGGCGAAUUCACAGGCACUUCAGCAAACAUCAGCGCAUGCUCCUCAAUUCAACCAAGUCCACAAUCCUCGGCAUUUCCGAGCCCUGUCCCGUCCUACCAUGCCAGCCCCACUUCGUCGUCCUUCCCUAGCCCUACCCGGUUCGAUGCCAAUCCGUCCUCGUACCUCCUUCCGUUCCUCCGUAACAUCGCUUCCAUCCCGGCAAAUCUCCCUCCCUUGAGAAUUUCCAACAGUGCCCCAGUGACGCCUCCUCUCUCUUCCCCGACUUCUCGGAACUCGAAGCGGAAACCUGACUGGGAAUCCAUCUCCAGUGGCUCCCUACAUAAGUCCUCCUUCCGCCACCCUCUGUUCGCGGCCUCUGCUCCCUCCAGUCCCACUCGCCGCCAAAACAUGACGCCUCCAACAAUCCCAGAGUGCGACGAGUCGGAUGCCUCCACAGUGGACUCUGGCAGAUGGGUGAGCUUCCACCAAAACAUGGUGGUGGCUGCGGCAGCUCCGCCUUCGCCUACGUUUAAUCUGGUCAAAUCUGCGAGUCAACAGGGUCCUCUCAAGGAUGGAGUUGAACAAAACGGCAGUUUAGGUUGGGGAGCAUCGUCUGACAGGGGUUGGGGCUCUGAAUUUGAGUUUGAGAAUGGAAGAGUUAAGCCUUGGGAAGGUGAGAGGAUUCAUGAGAUUGGGGUGGAAGAUCUGGAGCUCACACUAGGGAGCAGCAAGGCUCGUGCUUGAGCAUUUCGCAAACUCUUGCCGAUCAACAAUCUUAAUGAUGUGGCUCAUCUGAUUCGGGGACUCUACACAUUCCGGCCGCCUACUAUGUCUCUUGAAACUGUGUUGCGAAGUGCCAUUUUAAAGAGGAAACUCUAGCUUGAUCUCAUGUGACCCGAACCCUUUUCCUUAAAAGAUUAUGUAUAGUUAAUUUUUUCAGUUGGAGCAUUCGCUGUGAAAGGUCCUUUCCAAUUCAAUUAUGAGAGAGCAAAUGCUCGGUCUGCCUCCUUGACCUCUAUUUACAAUCAUUCGAAUGAUGGCAAGAUUAUGCAGAAGCUCGGUUCGAAGGUCA